AUGCUAGAGAAGGACAAGUACUUCGCUGGCUGUAUAGAAAGCGCUCUCGAUCGGUACGACUGUGACGUACUACUUAUGCCCACUCUCUCAGUCGCUCUACAAACUUUUGCGGCGAAAGCUGGAUCCCCGGUCAUCAGUGUGCCUAUGGGCAUCUACCCAGAGGAGACACAAGUGGAGGCUGACCCAAAGAUUGGACUAAUCACAGUGGCGCCAGGUAUUCCGUUAUCGAUGUUCGUCUACGGGAGAGCGUACGAUGACGCGAGCGUGCUUGAGGUAGGGCAUGCUAUCGAGAAAUUGCUGGGGGUAAGGGAACUUUUGAAGCCGUAUUCGCUACCAAAGACCGAGAUUGUUGACGUGUCUGGUGGUUAACCGCUCAUUGCAUUGAGUUUCUAGACCUGUCG